AUUUACAUGGUAAUUGGGCCGGUGAUGGACACGUACCUUUGGCAGAAGUCGGUAGGCCCGACUGGCGUCUGCUUCUUAAUCCAUCACUCAGUGACAGAAAUACUUUGCAGAAUUGGAGGCUUUUUAUUACAGAAUGUCUAUAUAGCCAUAGAUGUAUUGGAAUAGAGUUUGCUGAGGUUGCUAAGGCAUUGUGAAUGCCUGGAGAUGUCCAUGGGUUCUCUGUGUGAGCUUUAGGAUGAUUUAAGUGUCUGAGCCUGCUGUGGUAAAGUCAGGCUCGUUACAUGUUUUUUCCAUUUCCGCAUAAUGAAACUCUACACAGGCAGAUUUCAAAUAGAGAGCUGAAUUUGAAUCUUUUGCCAUUUUAUAGAAGAUGGUUUUUCAAGAUCUCUUUUUACCACGGGUCCUUUACUUAUCAAAUGAUUCAUUGACAAAUUAUGUGCCCAGGUUUGUCAAUGUUUUUAGAAAAUAAAGAGUAACAGAGAAAUUUCUUUAAACAUGUAUUAAAAGGUGAAAAUCGUUCUUAACCUGUGAUGUAAACAAUUCUUGUUAGUGAAGUCGGUGUUACGCAGGAAUCUAGAAAGGUGAAAGUCUUUCUUUAACCUGAAGUGUAAAAAAAUAUCUUGGGAUUGGAGUUAAUAUUUCACUGGAGCCUAGAGAGGUCAACAUCAGAUAAACAGAAAGAAUAACUGUCUACGUACGUUUUGUGAUGAGUUUUAGGAAUGUGAGCGGAAUAUACAAAAAAAAUUCAUUCACGCUGACUGGAUGCAAUGAUCCCGACACUUGUCUGUCGACCGAAGCUGUGCGCUGGGAAGAUCGGAGUUCUCUCUUUCUUUGUAGAAAAGGCCGUAGAUGUGCUGAGAAAAGUUUCGAUGAAAUCCUCCAUUGAAAUAUUUAUUUUAUCGAAAAAGGAAUUCAAAUUGUUUAAUUGUGUUCUCUUGGGAAAAAGAAUUUCAAGAAAAUAUUAAGAUGAAUUGGAAAAACUUUGUGAAUUGAAAUGAGGCUUUGAUUUUUUUUAUUUUGUUCCAAUCAAGUUUCAUUCCUGUCUGAGAUGAAAUUGUAUACUGCUGAAGGGAAAUCCUACUUGGAGUUAAUCUUGAAAUGAUCUAGAUUACAAGAAUUCGGGAGCAUGUAUAUAAGUAUUUUUAACACUUUAGUGACCUUGAGAACGUCAGCAUGAGGUUGAAUGGCUCUGUGUAAUGAUGGUCUCAAUUAACCCCCGGAAAUAAACUUCUUCAGUUUGAAUUUUCACUGCAUUUGAUAGGUGUAUACGUACGCAGUUGUCAAAAUCUAUUUUUAAAUACAGUGUGAUGUGUGCAUUGUGUCAGCUGAACUGAUGUGGUUGAAGUUUUUGCUGGAAGAAAAUUGGAAGAGUUUAGAAAUUGAAAAUGGUGAAAUCUGUUAGUUUUUACAACGUUCCUUUGGAUUGAAAUAUUGAUAUGGACCUGAACUCUGACGACACUGGAACAGUCCGCAGGAAGAAGAAGACGGUGGUCACCCCCAAGAUGGCCAUGGAGAGCUUCCGGUCCUCCUUCCUCAACACCGACGAGAACCAGGAUGUAAAUUUGGAUGCUAUUUUGGGAGAACUAUGUGCUUUGGAAUCACAGCUGAGUUGUGCUCAGACAGAACUCUACAGGCGCCCACAGGAUCCACCCCUGGGACUUGCCAAGGACGAGCACCGAGACAGCGGCAACGAUCUUGCCCAGGCAGAGUUAGACGCCCUUGCAUCUGAGAUCAGCCAGAGUCUGGCCUUCCGUCAUAGCCUACCCUCGGACCACAACCACGACUUCAUGCACGGCCAGUUCCUGACUAAGCACGGGUCAUGCAGCGACAUCGCCAACGACAGCGGGGAGACAGACUCGGCGUUCUCGGAGAAUGCCUCGCUCCCGUCCUCGGAGUCGUUUACGUCCAUGGUGACGGUGUCGUCGACGGCCGAGGCGUACAAUCAGUCGGACGCCUGUAGCAUGGCCAGCAAUGCAAGCACCAUUACUCCACUGUCUGUGCAGUCGACAGAGAUGCAUGCUCUUUUAACCUCACAUCUAAGUCUGUACGAGGAGGAACUCGUGAAGGAGAACUUCUCCGUCGAAGAGCAGAAGGCAAGGUUACAAGCAGAGAAGAUCCGAAUCGCUCUGGAGAAAAUAAAGGAAGCCAAAAUCCGAAAACUGUUUGUGAGGGCGUUUGGUAAAGAUGGCAGCAGCAAGAGUAUACUGGUGGACGAGAAGAUGUCCAUCUCAGACGUGUGUAACGUGCUCGCCGACAAAAAUCACACUCGACUCAACUCAAAACUCGCCGUGGUGGAACACAUGCCGGAACUGCUCAUGGAGCGGAUAUUGGAGGAUCACGAUACGCUGGUAGAGAACAUGGUGAUGUGGACGCGUGAUACAAAGAACCGCAUCCUGUACGAAGAGAGGGAGGAGAAAAACGACCUGUUCAGGCGCCCAGAGAAAUAUCUCCUGAUGAGUUCUUCCUCGGAGAAAGGUGCCUCCCUGGACCCAGGGCGGAGACACAAACUGAUCAUGGAGUUCUUCGGUGGAGGAGGUAGACAAGUUCCAGAGGUGGAGGGGGUGAUGUACCUUAAGUCUGAGGGCAAGAAGGCCUGGAAAAAGUACUUCUUUGUUCUGAGGUCCUCGGGUCUCUACUACAACCCAAAGGGCAAAAUCAGCAAGGCAUCCAAGGAUCUUGUGAGCAUGGUGAAUUUUGAUUUUGUGGAUGUGUACCGAGGUCUUGGCUGGAAGAAGAAAUAUCACGCUCCAACAGAUCACUGCUUCGCUUUGAAGCAUCCUCAGAUUCAAAAGAAGACUUCUAAAUACAUCAGGUACUUCUGUACGGAGAAUAAGAAUGCCCUGGACCAGUGGAUUAUGGGAAUAAGGAUAGCCAAGUAUGGCCACCAAUUGUUGGAUAACUACGAAAAACUUCGCCAUGAAAUUCAAAUGUGGGACUAUCGUGAAAUGCGCAGCAGUGUGUCUGAAGUAUCAAGUGAAUCAAUAGAACUAAAUCCCAACGUCAAAGACAGUCGUUUGUCUAUGCCCGACCCUAGCUCCCGAAACUCUAUAGUGUACGUACAAAACUCUAGUUUUACAACAAGCGGCAAUGUGUUAGAACAUGCUGAGGAUUUAGUGGGACCAGAAUCACGCAAAACAAAACUCAGCAGCCAGAGCUCGCUAGAACUGCCACCUAGUGGUGGACUCCAGAAGACGCACACAAAGCGCGUGUCUUUCAGUAAUACUCCCAGUGUGAUAAACGCAGACUCGGACACCGAGAUGAGGGUGAGACAUCGAGAUUCCAUAACGAGUGCGUCCACAGAUUCCAGUGAGGACUCGACCUCAAGUGGCGAGAGCAGACAGAGUGGGAAUUCGAACGCUUCUCGUGGGAAAUUUCGCGCUCGAAUUCCUGUGACCACGGAAACCACACGCCAGAUUUCAGAAAUGGUGCAAGUGGCCAUGGAGGGAAGUUCGAUUUCAUCAUGUGAGUCAGACUCGCGGGGCGUCGGUCACGAAAGAAAGCCCUCGUUAACAAGGAUGAAUGAGAAGGAGAAACCCAGAUCAUCUACACUUCCUGCUUCAAGACAUGAAAGGAAGAGUUCUGAUGGAAGUAUAGAGAGGGAAUACCGUACCCUGAAAAAUGUGUCCCCUCAGCACACCUAUUCACAUCGAGCCCCGCCAUCCCCUCCCCCACUGAAGUGCCCACUAAACUACCAAAGUAUACAAGAAGAUGAGGAAAUCUGGCAGAGAAAUGAAAAUUUUGUCCCCACUAGCACCUACCACUACCCCCCACCACAUCAAAGCCCCGCCCAAAUGUCAAUGCAUAAAAAUCCAAUGUCUCCAACACUUCCCAGGGUGUAUUCAGAUCCGUCUCAAGAGCGGUGCCUGUCCCCACCCCUGCAAGAAAGAUUCAAAUCCCCCACCCCUCCCCUUAGUAGGGUCAUGUCCCCUCCAUCACACCAUAGAAUUAUGUCCCCUACUGCGGCCCCCACUGACCCCUGGGAGUACCGUAGUGACCUCCAUCUGUCACACCCAGGGACUCUAGUUUAUCAGGAACAGAGGCUGUCUAAACACACUGUAGCAGCGCCCAAAACUGUUUCCCCCAAGGUGCCCCAAAAUUUGAGUCAGUCCCCACCCCCACCUAUGCCUCCCCCGGGGCCAAUGGCUAAACCCCCAUCUCCUGGGAACUUACCUUUCCAUCCCCCGCCUCUUACAAGCCUCUCCAAUACCCUGAUGAAGCAAAGCAAUGGUUUAACCGAGGAAUGUGAUAGUGGUUCAUCCUCUCCUUGCCCCUCAGAAUCUUCUCCCACCACCCCCAGGGGAAUGCUGGCAAUGCCCCCUGCUAUGCCACUCCUGCAUAAUCAGUAUAUAAGCUCUCAGCCAGGUGCUUUGGGCCAAGUUAAAAAUAUCUCUAGGCCAGGACCAGAGGUUGCGUCAGCUUCACCUUCAAAAUCUCCUGUGCCAGUGGCCUCCCCACCUGUUAGCCAAUCAAAGACUCAGAAAACCUAUCCACCACCCUUGUCCUGUGUGGACGCUCGGUCGCCCUCAAGUCCCGGGGUGAAGUCUCCUAUCAGUCCACUCCCAUCACCUUUGGCUCAGUCCCCACACAUGAGAAACAGUGCCCAAGGGUACGAACAUUAUGACCAAGUCAGAGUCAGGCCGGGAUCUCAAGCUAGUCGUGGGUCAACAGGAAGUAAUAUAUCUAGAACUCCUUCAGGGGGCUCUGUACAUUGCUACCCUCCCCCUCCGCCCAAUCCUGGGGCUCAGCCAAUGUCCCCAGGAGCAGAAGAUGGUGGAAAGUCGUUAGCAUUCUUGGAAGAGUUGUCCAAACGCUCCAGCACUGGGGGUAAAAAAGUGCCUCCCCAGACACUACCUAAACCGAGUGACGGAGGACAUAAUAAUUCUGACAUGCAAAAACUCAAUGGUGCUACUAGUGCUACAACAACACUCACAAAUGGGGUCACCCCCCAGAACGGGGUCACCCCCCACGGACACAAGCCUGAGAUAGUCAGGCCCAACAGUGCCCCCGUGAAAAAGGGGGUUCCCCCACCCCCACCGAAACGCAGUGAAAAUACGAGACUCUCCUCGGAUGUAUCCAAAGUGAAAGACCAAGACAGUGCUGUGCCAAACGAUCAGAACUCCCCGCUAUACGGGAAUCUACAGGAGUGUGAUGGGAUCAUGGACAUUAAUGACCUUCCUCCCCCACCCCCCGAACUGUUGGCAGGGCUAGCGAGCGACGGUAAUGUCAAACGCAGCAAGCCGCCUCCCCCUCCCCCGAAACGGAGUCGAGAAACUCAUCUCACCCAUUGAUAUUGAUGCUUUGUGUGUAAUGUGUUAAUUUUUUUCUCGUCAUAUUAGAUUUAUAUAGCUAUUGAAUUUUUUCAUUGCAUGUGGUGGGAUAUCUACAUGCCUCUGUACUGAUACUUGUUAAAGACCAAGGAAUUUAUAACAAACACUUUUUCUAUUUUUUAUUUUGCAUAUGAAUUUUACCAUUAUAGAUACUUUCUUGUUGAAUUUUAUCAGAUUAAAGAAGUCUGUUCAAUGUAUUUUUAUACUCCAUCUAAUUAAGGUUCAAUUCCACUGCUUUUUUGGAAUGUUUAAUCCAAAAUUUUUUGGUUUUUUUGUUCCUCUUUUUACCAGUUUUUGAAUUUCAGUACUCUAGCCAGGAUGUACAAGAUACAUGUAACAUCGCACAUAUAUAAGUACAGUUGUAUAUCAUCUCAAGUGUCCAUGCCGUCUCUUUGUUUAGAUUCUUGUGUCCUCUCAGAUCAGUGCUAUGGCUUAAGUACUGUAUAUAUAUAUACUACAUGUUGUGGGGAGUUGUGUCGUUAUCUAGGUAUCAUAGAGCAAAUGUAUCCUAUUUACUUCUAAAUGUCUCAAUCAAAACGCAUCGUGUUGCAGGCUUCGGUUACAUAACAUACUUUAUCUGAUUAUUUUCUUGUUGGUUUUUUUUUGUAAUAAAAAUAUGACAAACCCCUUCAUUUACCGGUACUACACACAGGGCCUGAAUCCCUGCUGUUUUACAAUAAUACAGUCAAACUCUGCUAACUCAAACUUUGUUUUCUUGCACAUUGGCUAAAUAAAUAUGGAAUUGUUGAUGCAAGUUGGAUGUUCCAACCAUUCUAUAAAUUUUUAUUAACCUCUAUCUUGAAAUCCUUGGUCCAGUAAGUUAGAGUAACACGCUUUGACUUUAUUACUUAAUUUUGGACAAGGGAUCUUGUUUGAAUUUUGAGUUCUUGAACUUUUAAAUCUGCACAACUAAUUCUAAGAUCAAGUGACCAUUUUUUAUGGCAAAGAGAGAACUGCUAAUAAUUAAUUUUUCCACCUUUGUUUUAUAUUGCUUUAAUUUAUUUAGACUUUGAAAUAGUGUACAGUGCCAUGUGAGUUUACAAUGAAUUAACAAAAAAGGGGAAAGAAAGCGAUUUCUUUAUAUCUUGUAACUGAUCGAGGAAUACAAGUACAAUAACUAUACAAUCUAGUCAUUUUGGGGAUUAUUAAACACUUGUUUAUUUUCAAAGGAAUUUUAAUGGCAAUAGAAAACUUUUAAUCAACUGUAGUGUUGAAAAAUUUGAAAAUUAUUACUGGUAUAUUAAAUCAACAUAAUCCAAAUAAAGGCAACAUAUUCCUUUAUUUUCAUUUUUUGCAAAGCAGCUGGUCAUUAUGUGCGGAUUUGAAUGUUGCUUUAGUUGAUCAUAAUUGAUGGCUCAAGAUGUUACCAUGACAACACUGGAAUAUUUUCUCCAGCAUUUUCCUUGUCUUGCCUAAGUGCGAGUUCUGUAAUACAACUUCCUCUCCGUGUACGCCAUGCUAAGUCUUGCUGGUGAGCUUUUUGUAAUGUACAUGCAUUGUAAAUGUCUAUGUAUUUAAUACAAGAAGUACCCAUAUCCGGGGACAUUAUAGCAGGUUAAAGCCAUUAUGCAAUUUUUUGUCUUUUGUAAAUCUUUUUUAAUGAUUGAUUGGUAAGUUUGUUGGAGGUGGUAAUAUUGACAAUGAGUUGCAACGUUGGUGCAGAAAAAUUUGAGAUUUAUUUACAUCAAACACAGUAUUAUAAAAUCCCGUAGGUGGCUCUAGCUAUAUGAUCAAUGCACGUGUCUUGAUGCUUCAAUAUUCUAGUGAAGAUAAAAGGGGUUUUAGCUUACAGAGUAUUUUUUUCCACAUGUACAAGUUUCAUCUUUAAGGUUGCAUCAUCCCUCUGUCCACUUGCAUAUAAACAUUUUGCAUUUUCAAAAGCGAUGUAAAAUUUUAUUGAGAGUUAACUCCCCUAUUUAACUGUACUUUGAAGAAGACAACGUCUAUAUCUGCUACUGAAGUUCUUUUAUUGAUAGGCAGUUGUGCUUCACGUAAAUUUUUUAAAUGCAAGAUGUAACAGAAUUACAUAACAUCCUCUAAACAUAAAAUUUAUUUUCCUGAAACUCACUUGGAUAGAGCACUUGCUAGGAUUUCAUGUGAGAGACAUGCCUGUAACAAGUAUUUACAGGAAGUGAAUUGCUUGUUUACUUUAUGUGAUGUGGUUCAAUGGCGUCUAGCCUUGAAAAAAGAAAUUCGUAUGCAAAUUCAUAUAUGAAUUUUUUUUAAUGUAAAAUGCUCUUUUUCACAAGAAAUUCAAGUGAGGCAUAAUUGGCUGCAUGAUACUGUACAAUACCAAAUCAAAAAUACUCAUCUGUUUAAAUGACAAGAGUUUGUCUUUUUCAUUUCUGUGACUGAUGAGAAAAAGACCAUAAAGUUUUAAUCCCAGUGUUGCCAACAGAUGGUUAAAUACAUCACAUCAUCUCGUUCAGAUUGAACAAAACACAAGAAUAAGUCUUGGGCCUCAAACCGAGUUCAUGAGUACGUAACCUGUGCCAAGUUAUCAUGCAUUAGUCAAAGUGGAGAGCUUUUUCAAGCUUUAUAGGAUAUUUAUGUCCCAAUAUCUGCUUCAUUUUUAGACAAAUAGAGGUAUUCUUUAUGCAGACACAAACUUUUAUGUAAAAAUCAAAGAAGUCAAGGGAAUUUAGUUUUGUACACAAACUAUUUCAAAUGACUUGUACUGUUCAGUUUGUUCAGUUUUAGUCACACUACCCACCCCUCCCCCUCCGUACGUCCAGUUGAUCAAAUGUUUUGCAUAAUACACAGAAUCUGUCUCCAUUAGUCAAUUUUUUUUGGUCAAAACACUGAACAUUGCAAAAAAAAGUUUUGUUUCAAGUGGGGAAAUCUUUAUUUUUAAUUUGUCAGUUUAUAUUUUAUGAAGUAUUUUUGUGUUAUAAGACGAUAUGUUGAGGAAGAAAUGUAUAGGGUUUGUGCAAUAAACAAUUGUGCAUAAAA